AUGGGCCGAUCACUUCUACCCGAUGAACGCCUUCGACGAGCCGUUCACCUCAAGAAUCGUUUAAUCGUCAAUCUGCUCGGAGAGUUCUUCGGCACUUUUGUCUUCAUCUUCAUCGGUCUCUGUGUCUCGAUGCAGUAUGUAUUGGGAAGACAGGCAUUGAGCACCUUCAUUCAAGUGAACUUCGGCUGGGGAUUAGCGCUGGGAUUUUGCGUCUAUCUACUCACCGGGAGCUCAGGCGGUCACCUCAAUCCAGCGGUUUCCUUCUGUUUCUUCACGCUCGGUCGUCUCCCUUUUCAUCAUCUCGUUCUCUACACUGUUGUCCAAACGAUUGGCGCUUUUCUCUCAGCUUUUUGUGCCUAUUUCUACUAUUUUGACCAAUUCGAGAAAUUCGCGGGCGGUGAACGCUCGGUGACAGGUCCAUUUGCCACAGCCGGUGCUUUCACAUCGUUCCCCGAUGCUCACGUCUCUCAUGUCACGUGUUUCGUUGAUCAAAUUGUUGGAACCGCGUGUCUAACAUUUUUCAUCACCGUUUUUACCGAUAAGAGAAAUAAGAUUCCGAGUGGAAUCGUCGCCUUAUUGGUUGUGCUUUUUGCCCUGAAUCUUGGCUAUCCGAUCAAUCCGGCCAGGGAUUUCGGUCCUCGUCUGUUCGCGUGUCUCGUCUACGGACGCGAAGUUUUCUCAUACAGCUCGUAUUACUUCUGGAUCCCGAUGGUGGCCCCGUUCAUUGGAGGUCCGUUGGGUGGAUGGCUGUAUCAUAUAUUCGUUGGUGUUCACAUUCCGUACGACAUCGACGAUGAGGAUCGACCAGAAACGGCCGCCGUU